CUUAUCUCUCUCUCCUCCUCGCCAUCUCGCUCUCCUCCUCUUUCUUCUCACAGCUUCUUCUCCCUCAAGACAUGAAGCCAGCCCCCAAACACGACAGGCCAACUCCCACUAGACCCGCUCGCCGCCCACUCUCCGGAUCACAUUCCCCCUUGGUCGACACCGCCACUGCCACCGUCGGCUCUCCUCCCCGCGUCGGUGGCAUGGCCGUCUCACCAACCGACUCUACCCCCAUACUUCAACCUCGCCCAAAAGGACCUGGUCAAGUCCGUCUCAAGCGAGCCAGCUACCAAUCCUCGGGAACACCAAGUCCACGCUCUUCCCCGGCACUUCGGUCCUCGGCGCUCUUCGACAAGGACACCGGCGUCUCGGGUCGCAGUACGCCUGAGCGGUUUACAGGAACGGUGGCCGAGCGCACGGAAGAUGAACUGAUGCGUGCAAGCAGGGAGGCUCUUCAGGAUGCCCUCCGCAAAGAGUGGUCCCAGAACGAAAAGCUUGUCGCACAGGUCGACGACCUGACCACGGGCCAACGCGAUCUCGAAGCUCGGAUCGCAGAAAUGGAAUCGGCCAACAUGGCAUUGCGCGACAAGUUUGACGCCUCGUUCGCCGCACAGGGCGAGAUGGAAGAGCAUCUCGAGGGCGCCAACGACAUCAUCGACCAUCUCCGGCGCAACCUCGAGGACGUCGAGCGUCAGCUCCGACAGCAGCAGCGCCGCUAUGCCGACCAAGAGAAGGCCUUCGAGGCAGAACGAAUGGUGCACCAGGCGGACCAGAAUCACCUCGUUCAUCGGAUAAAGUCCUUGACCACUGAGCGCAUUGCGCGGCCAAGUGGAGAGGAUGGUGACAAGAAUGGAGCGACGGCAGCACUGCAAGAAGAGCUUAUCACCCUCUCAGCAAGUCACCAAACGCUCGUCGCGCAGCUCACAACACUUGCGGACGAGAUGCACGAGAUCAAAUCGGAAAACUCGCGUCUUAUAGAGGAGAAUGAGAGCUGGCAGCUGCUAAUCGAGGAGCGCACGCUCGCCGGCCACAUGAGAGGCGGCCUAAUUCCGGAGGCCUCGACGUCGCCACCCCCCGGCGAGGGCGCGAUCACUCCCUCUUCUAUCAGACGCAAGGAGCCCAGCGCGCUCGAGACACUCGAAGAGCAGCUCGAGAUGGAUGAACUCCACUCCGAACUUGACGCGCAACAGCCCAUCUUUGAGGAGUCGGAUCGCGCGCUUCUGCGCGUCACCUCUGGCGGCUCGUACAACAUUGACCUCACAUCCCCGACACGCCCCAAUGGCCACUCCCUGGCAACCGAACUCGGCUCCAUGGCGGAAAUGGAAGACGUCCGCUCUCAAGUCAAGGCGCUCAAGGAAGCCAACAAGGCUCUGUCGCUUUACUGCUCCAAGAUUCUCGACCGCAUCAUUGCAUCUGAGGGGUUUGAGCACGUGCUCUCAGUUGAUUACCGCACACGCCGCGGCACUCGGUCACUCGCAAAUGGCAAGAUUCGGCCCAGUGUCCUUGAGCUCGCUGCAGACAUGGAACAGAAUGGCCCCCCACCGCUUCCCGAAGCGCUCCCUCACCCGCCCGCAAAGGAAACUACUCCCCCCACCCAACCUCCCGCGCCCCGUGCACGCCCACAAAGCAUGUACGUCACUUCGUCGGUUACGCCUCCAACCCCGCCAGCCGUCCCAGCCGCUGCGUCUUCCAAGGGCCCUGUCCUUGCUGCGAAGGACGCGGACAAGCGAGCUCGCAGAGGCUUCUCAAUUGACUUUCGGUCGCUCGGUUUUGGGGCGCCAGAGAAGCCCGAGCCCAAGCCACAGCUCAAGCCUCUGCAGCUGGCAUCACGCGCGGCGCCGGCCGGGCAGAGCCCGCCCAAGGCACAGUCGUCACCGGCUGUGACUCUGAGCCCAAUCAGUUCCGGCGGCGCCUCCGUUGCUCGCAAACUGGCGCCACAAGAGGAGGAUGAGGAGGACCGCCGCGAGCGUGCACGCAUGGAGGCCAACCUCAAGCUGAUGGGUAUCACGUCGCCUGUGUCCGAGACGUCCUCGUUCGAAGAGAAGCCGGCAACACCAUCCGCCACGGCCGUUUCCGGUGCAGCAGGGUGGCUUUCACGCCGUCUGUCGCGCGCGAGUGCACCGGCCGCUGCACCUGCGCCCACUCCACCAGAGGGCCAGCGUGGCAGCACCACGCCACUCUCGCGUCUGAGCACUGCGCUGAGCGACUCAUCCUCGACGCGCAUCGACCUGGACACGCAGGAUCCCGAGGCCGCGCUGCGCGCAUUCGACGCGCGUGAGCGCGAGCAGGCUCGCCUCCUCGCCGAAGGCAAGAAUGCGACCGCAUUCACUGCACCGCCAAAGCCUUCGGCUCGCCGCAACCGCAGCAGCAACGGGAGCACGCUGUCUCGCCACAGCGCACAGAGCUUCAGCAUGAGCGGGACGAGCAGCGCGACAUCGCCGUCCGUGAGCGCAGGUGGAGGGGGGGGUGCCGUCGAGACAAUUGCGGACAAGCCGCUCGUUACGAGCCCGUCGCACCACCGCGCGCGUGAGAGUAUCAGCACGCUCUGGAGCAUGGGAUCGAGCCACGAUCACGAGUAGAUUUUUUUGUUGGCCUUGCGACGGGGAGACGAGCAGGAGGUUUCUUGUCACGUUCUUGUUUAUUGUGCAUUAGUUACGUCACGACCGCUACGACAUGUAAUAUAUGCAUAGGUGUUUG